AACUUCCAUUUGCCAGAUUGCUCUCAGCUCGUAUCGUUUCAGUUUACUUUCAACUCCACUUUGCUUUCUGAUCUCUAUCCCUGUCCUCUCUUCUUUUCUUUUCUUUUUUUUCACAAGAAUAAGAAGAUAAACCCUCUGGCCAAUCUACGUAAGUGGUCUCCGGCGACACGAAUGGAAGCUCACGGCGUCGGACUCCGCCGUGUACUAGUGUUGUCCUUUUGCGUCGCCGGCAUUUGGUCUGCCUAUAUCUAUCAAGGCUUUCUUCAGGAAACUCUGUCUACCAAGAGAUUUGGUCCAGAUGGGAAGAGGUUCGAACAUCUUUCGUUCCUUAACUUGGCGCAGAAUGUGGUAUGUUUAAUCUGGUCCUAUAUAAUGAUAAAACUUUGGUCAAGUGGUAGUAAUGGGGGUGCUCCUUGGUGGACAUACUGGAGCGCUGGCAUUACAAAUACGAUUGGUCCAGCUAUGGGUAUCGAAGCAUUAAAGUAUAUCAGUUACCCUGCCCAGGUCCUGGCAAAAUCCUCAAAAAUGAUUCCAGUAAUGCUGAUGGGUACUUUAGUCUAUGGUAUAAGAUACACUUUUCCAGAGUAUCUUUGUACUCUCCUUGUUGCUGGAGGUGUGUCUAUAUUUGCACUACUUAAGACUAGCUCAAAGACUAUAAGCAAGCUGGCACAUCCAAAUGCACCCCUUGGAUAUGGGCUAUGUUUCCUGAACCUUGCAUUUGAUGGAUUUACAAAUGCUACUCAGGAUUCAAUUUCUGCUAGGUACCCCAAAACAAGUGCCUGGAAUAUUAUGCUAGGGAUGAACUUAUGGGGUACCAUUUACAACAUGAUCUACAUGUUCGGCUGGCCCCAGGCAAGCGGAUUUGAGGCAGUCCAGUUUUGCAAGCAGCAUCCGGAGGCAGCAUGGGACAUUUUUCUCUAUUGCCUUUGUGGAGCAGUGGGCCAGAAUUUCAUCUUUCUGACCAUAAGUCGAUUUGGCUCCCUUGCUAAUACCACGAUCACCACCACCCGCAAGUUUGUCAGCAUCGUGGUUUCUUCACUCCUGAGUGGCAAUCCCCUGUCAACAAAGCAAUGGGGGUGCGUUUUCAUGGUCUUCUCUGGAUUGUCAUACCAGAUCUACCUCAAGUGGAAGAAGUCGCAAAGAUUGCAGAAGAAGAGAAAGCCCAUGUAACAUUUUCUAUCUAUAACUUGAACCCUUCUUCAUUUUUGGCCUUUAUAUCCCCGAGUGUUCUUUCAUUUAUAGUAACCAUAAGGUUGAGAUGGUUUCAAAAUAUAUGAUAAUUAUGAAAAGCUGUUAAAUGUAA